AUGGGGUACGUAAGUGACGAUCCAUCCAAGCUUCGUGCGACACUUGCCUCGGCCUUCCAGCAGGCAGAUGUGGUGAUUACCUCAGGUGGUGUUAGUCGCGGGAGCAAAGACUACAUCAAGGAGCUUCUGUCUGAGAUUGGCGAGAUCCACUUCGGCGAGAUGUGUAUGAAGCCUGGUAAGCCCAGUACCUUUGCCACGGUGGCCGGCCCCGAAGCUCAGUCCAAGCUUUUCUUUGGGCUGCCAGGCAAUCCAGUGAGCUGCUUCGUGACAUUCAAGCUCCUCGCUGCACCAGCCCUGGAGCGGCUGCGAGGUUUGCCCCAAGCAGAUCCCAUCUACCCUCGAGUUGACGCGGAGCUGGCUGGUUCUGUGGAGAUGGACCCCGUGCGGCCCGAGUAUCAUCGCGCGAGGGCACGGUGGGAAUCGGGACGCAUCGUUGCUGAAAGCACCGGCUUCCAGCGCAGCAGCCGCAUCGCUUCCAUUGCUGAAGCCAACUGUCUUCUGGAGAUCCCCAAGAACAAAGGGACUCUCCCCAAAGGGACGGUGGUGAAAGCACUUCUGCUGCCCCAUGGCAGCAGAUCCCUGGCCCCAAGCCCAGAAGGCUUUCCCGGAGUGCCUCGGCCGUAA